AUGGCUUCUCGUCACCUUCUGCUUCUCUGCCUUGCUGCAUUGGUGUUUGUGUUGGAGGCUGGCCCCACAGGUCAAUCCAAAUGCCCUCUGAUGGUCAAAGUCCUGGACGCUGUCCGGGGCAGUCCCGCCGUCAACGUGGCUGUGAGGGUGUUCAAAAGGGCUGCUGAUGACACCUGGGAGCCGUUUGCUGAAGGGAAAACCAGUGAAUUUGGAGAGCUCCAUGGACUCACAACAGAUGAGAAAUUUGUAGAAGGAGUCUACAAAGUGGAACUGGACACCAAAUCCUACUGGAAGUCAGUUGGCAUUUCUCCAUUCCAUGAGUAUGCCGAGGUGGUGUUCACAGCCAACGACGCCGGGCCCCGCUAUUACACCAUUGCUGCUCUGCUCAGCCCCUACUCAUACUCCACCACAGCCGUCAUCAGAAACCCCAAGGAAUGA